AUGCUCGAGUUUGUAAAUGAGCAGUUUGUAAAUGCAGCUCCAAAUACUACGGCUUGGUGUGAAACCUUGGAGACCUUUCUUGGAAACAGAAGAUACAAGUUAACAACUCGGUGGUAUGCGACUUUGAUUGAUAAGAAGAACCUUCUUGUGAACAAUUAUCUGGAUGAUAUGAGAAGUUCAAUCAAAGUUUCAGAUAAGAAUGUUGGAAUGGAACAAGAAGAUAAUAUUGAAAUUGAUGAGGAUAUGCACACUGCUGCACCAAACUUGGAAAAACCAAGUGAUUAUCUGAGAGGGCGGUGUCCUUUGUGCUUUGGUGGAAAAGAUUGGUCAAAGCCUGAUGAUUUGGUUGAUUUCAUUGUAUGCUUGGAUGCUUGUUUCAAGCAAAAGUCACGCAAGGCUCAGGGUAAAGAACCACCUGCCCCUCGGAAGCACCCAGAUACAGCAUUUGUCUCUUCAGAAGAUGUCAAGGCAAUGGAGGAUAUAGUCAAUGAAAUACGCCCAGAGCCCAAGUCUGGUUCAAAAGGUAAAAAGUCACAAGAUAGUCCUUUACAGCCUCAGAAGGAUGAAAAUCCUGACUUGUAUGAAAAACAAGUUAAAGCUAGCACUCAGUUCUUUUCUGAUACUGGACUCAUGGCUCUUCUCUGUCGACAUGAUCGUGUCUUAUGGCUGGUAAACAUGACUUCUGCAGGAGAGAAGCAACACUAUGCUCUGGUUCUUUUAGAACGUUUGUUCAACCAUUUACCCUCAACUGCUAGAGUGGACUCAUCUGGGCUAUAUCAGUUUUUCAUGCUUAUGGCCAUCAAUGGGCUUGCCAGCUCAUUUAUCACCCAAGAAAAUGGUGAGGGCUGUGAGCGUUUUUGGAGCUCAAUUAAACUGCUCAUCCCAUCACUGAGAGUUACUGGAUACUAUAACCGUCUCUAUACCUUGGAUACUCAAGUGAAGCAUCUGGAUAAGAAGUCACUAUUGAAUCUUGGAGAUUGGCUCAGACGUAAAUGGGUUUCCAUGAAUACACGCAAGUCAGAAGCUCUUGAUGUCUUAGAAGAGCUGGCAGAAUUAGAUAUCACUGAAGAUAUUCUAAGAGAGGAUGGCUGCUCACUGUUCACAACUAAGCCAUGCCCGCAUCCAGAUCUGAAUAGUGCCCAGUAUGGCGAAAUCCCCCUUGUCUCCAGUUUCAAUGGCAAGGCGAUGGUUUUUGUGAAGGACUCGCAACAGUGGAUCAACCAAUUCUGCAAGAUUCAAGGGGAUGGGAGGAGAACAGUGGGGAAAAGGCCACAUGUUGAGGAAGAGGGAGAAGAAGAUAUUCAUGAUCUUCAAGUUCCAUCGUCCCGCCCAUCUUCCCCGCCUUUGAAAAAGAGAAAGGUCAGCUUUGUCACUCUUCCCAAGGCCAGUUUCUACAACAACCAUCGCGGCGCUCCGAAAUCCUACAAGGUCGAUCCUCGUUUCGUUAACUCCACAUCCAGCUCUUCAACCUUGAAACCAACUGCUCAAGUCACUAAGGAUACUGAAGCAUUUUUCCACACCAUUAAGGGUUCUUCCACCUCCUCAUCUGCAAAGCGUGCUUGA